UCAGAAUCGAUCAUUCGUGAGGAAGAAAAACAAGAUAGUGACAUUAAUGAAGAAGCAGAACGACAAGAAGUGAAGAAUGGUGAAAAAGAAGCGGUGAAGGAAGCUGGUCCUGGAGAUUUUGAUCAAGCACUCAACAACACUGUAAAUGACGAAGACCGUAACGCUCCAAAUGCUGAAACAUUUGAAAAAUCUGAUGACUCCGGUGAUAAGAUAGCGGAGGAGGAGCCAGAGCUCCUCAAUACUAACAAAGAUUCAAAGAAAGAUGAGCCAAAUCCUGUUGUUGAUAAUAAGGAACCUGUCAAAGAUAGUGAGCCAGAGACCAUUGCUGGAAACAAGGAAGUUAAGGAGCCAGAGCCCAUCGGCGGCAACAAGGAAGUCGAGGAGCCAGAGCAUUCUGCUGCUGAUGAAGAACUAGUCAAGGACAAGGAACCGGAACCUAUCGCUGAGGAUAAGGAUACAGUAAAGGAGCCAGAGCCUAUCGCUGAGGAUAAGGAUGCAGAAAAGGAACCGGAGCCUAUUGUUGAGGAAAUUUGCGUGAAGAAAAUCAUUUCGAUGGAUACAGACGAUGUUGAUCAGGAUGAAACCGCAAACGCGAUUCCAGCAGAAAAUAUUGAUAAUGAGAAUUCUUCUGUGCAAAUGGAGAUUACUGAAGUCACAGAAGUGGACAUUAAAGAGACGGCGCAAGACUCUCCAAUUGUUGAGGAGCCUGAAGCAGCGGAGAGUGAAUGUAUGGAAGAAGCAGAGAAGGAAGACUCAACAAAGAAGUCGGAAAAUGAAAGCUAUGCCAUCGAAGAGAUGGAGACCGACACCAAUGAGAAAGGCGACGAGGCAGCUGCAAAUAAACGGUAA